GGCAGUUCUUUAAAAGCUGCAGGCCAGGGGCAGGGGAUGUUCAGUUCCACUGAUCGCUGCUGCAGGUAAGAGAGAGAUUCCUUGGGGGGGUAUAUUUACCAACCUGCCUGCUGGGGAGACCUCAGUCCAAACCAUUUCAUGUUUAGUGAAUAUCUCUGAAAACCACCCAGGGGCAGGUAUUAUGGGGUUGCAUGUGAUCAUCAUGUAUCCAUCUGGGGGUUCGGUAGUUCAGUGAUUGCUCAGGUGGUCUAGAGAGAACGGGUUCUAACGCACUAUUUUUAGUAGUUGUGGAUUUAUUUUUAAUAUGUUGCUACUCCUUUAACGUUGGUUUGGGGAGCACUGGGGAGGUUGGGUUUGGGGAGCACUGGGGGGUCUGGGGAGCACUGGGGGUCUGGGGGGGGCUUGGGGAGCACUGGGGGUUGGGUUUGGGGAGCACUGGGGGGUCUGGGGAGGUUAGGUUUGGGGGGUCUGGGGGGAGCACUGGGGGAGGUUGGGUUUGGGGAGCUCUGGGGGGGGGUUGGGUUUGGGGAGCACUGUCUUGCAGGGGUCUGGAGGUUUUGGGUUUGGAGGUGGUCUGGAGGGUUUGGGAAGCACUGUAUUGGUUGGGUUUGGGGGUACUCUAGCACCCUCUGGAGGGGUUGGUUUUUGGGAGCACUGUCUUGCACUCUUUAUGGUUUAAUGCUUUAUUUUGGUGGUCUCACCCCUAAACAAUAAUGGUAACCCCAAAUGCUCCUUGAGGUCUAGAUGGGUUGGUGUGGGGCACUCUCCUGGGUUUGGUGUCUCUGUGGGAGGAGGGUCUAUAAGUUGCCCCAUGCAUGGUGUUAAUGAUUACCCCUCUAACUCUAUCAAUUGUGGGGUAUUGAGGUACUCUGCCAUGCAGUGACAUGAUCCUUGGCUGCACAAUUCCCUUAACCAGGCACUAAGCCAUGGUACAAUCUCCCAGGGGCACCAACAGCAGGGUGUGUGUGUGUGGGGGGGGGGGAUUCUUGUAAAACUUCUUACUGGCCAGAAACUAACAAACUUGUAGCAAGGAGCGAUUGGACGUUCCUCUUAUCAGGUUUAAUGCUUUAUCCUCAUUAAAACGAGUCCCUCUGUCAGUCCAAUAAGAUGUUAGAGACUGCAGAACUUUAAAUUACUGGAGUAAUAUGGAACAUCCUCAUAUCACUGGUAAGGUGAAGCCUUCUCCACUGUAAUCCUAGUGGACGUGGUGGUGGGGGGUGCAACUAUUCACUUUAAGUAGCCAUAGUCCUCGUUCUGUACCCCUCGGUUUAGGGUAACAAAUGAUAACUGACUAAUCUUCUUCUCACGUUAAUGUCCCAUAUGGCUUCCGUCUCUGAUCCCAUGUUGUCUUCUUGCAGCUCUCCCUCUCUGAUCCUGUGAAGAUGGCGUCAACUGGUCUCCAGCUACUUGGCCUGGUGCUGGCUCUCAUCGGCUGGGUGGGGGGCAUCAUUACCUGUGCCCUCCCUAUGUGGAAGGUGUCGGCCUUCAUUGGAAACAACAUUGUGGUGUCUCAGGUCGUGUGGGAGGGGCUAUGGAUGAACUGCGUGGUGCAGAGCACUGGCCAGAUGCAGUGCAAGGUGUACGACUCACUACUGGCUCUACCCCGGGAUUUGCAGGCUGCUCGUGCCCUCACUAUCAUUGGCAUCCUGGUGGCUCUGCUUGCCAUGUUUAUUGCCAUUGUGGGUGCAAAGUGCACAAACUGCGUGGAGGAAGAGAAUACAAAGGCAAAAGUCAGUGUGGUGUCCGGCAUUGUCUUCCUGGUGGCUGGUCUCCUCAUGCUCAUCCCUGUCUGCUGGUCAGCCAACAACAUCAUCCGUGACUUCUAUAACCCACUGGUGUCAGAGGCCCAGAAGAGGGAGCUGGGGGCCUCUCUAUACAUUGGGUGGGCAGCUUCUGCCCUCCUUCUGCUCGGUGGGGGCAUGCUGUGCUGCUCUUGCCCCAAAAAGAAUGAUGUGGCAUAUACAGCCCGGUACACAGCGGCCACCUCUCAGCCACGCAGUGAUUAUCCCACCAAAAACUAUGUGUAAAGACUGGACUCUGGACCCUGACAUGUUGAUGGGGUGUAUACUUUUUAUAAAACUAUUUUAUUGAGUGUUGAAUAAAAUUACCUUUUUAUGUCA